CCCUCCCAGGCGGCAGCAGAACAGGCGGUGGCCCGGAGGCCACGGAGCUAUGGACGGCAGCGGGCCCUUCAGCUGCCCCAUCUGCCUGGAGCCGCUCCGGGAGCCGGUGACGCUGCCCUGCGGCCACAACUUCUGCCUCGCCUGCCUGGGCGCGCUCUGGCCGCACCGCGGCCCGGGUGGCGCCGGCGGGCCCGGAGGCGCGGCCCGCUGCCCGCUGUGCCAGGAGCCCUUCCCCGACGGCCUGCAGCUCCGCAAGAACCACACGCUGUCCGAGCUGCUGCAGCUCCGCCAGGGCUCGGGCCCAGGCUCGGGCCGUGCCCCGGCCCCCGAGCCCGCGGCGCCCAGUGCGCCGCCCAGCACCCCGGAGCCGUCGGCUCCCUGCGCGCCCGAGCCGUGGCCGGCGGGCGAAGAGCCGGUGCGCUGCGACGCGUGCCCCGAGGGCGCCGCCCUGCCCGCCGCGCUCUCCUGCCUCUCCUGCCUCGCCUCCUUCUGCCCUGCGCACCUGGGCCCACACGAGCGCAGCCCUGCGCUGCGCGGACACCGCCUGGUGCCGCCGCUGCGCCGGCUGGAGGAGAGCCUGUGCCCGCGCCACCUGCGGCCGCUGGAGCGCUACUGCCGCGCGGAGCGCGUGUGCCUGUGCGAGGCCUGCGCCGCCCAGGAGCACCGGGGCCACGAGCUGGUGCCGCUGGAGCAGGAGCGCGCGCUCCAGGAGGCGGAGCAGCCCAAAGUCCUGAGCGCUGUGGAGGACCGCAUGGAUGAGCUGGGCGCCGGCAUUGCACAGUCCCGGCGCACGGUGGCCCUCAUCAAGAGUGCAGCCGUGGCAGAGCGGGACAGGGUGAGCCGGCUGUUUGCCGAGGCUGCAGCCACCUUGCAAGGGUUCCAAACAGAGGUGCUGGGCUUCAUCGAGGAGGGGGAGGCCCUCAUGCUGGGCCGCUCCCAGGGCGACCUGCGGCGGCAGGAAGAACAGCGCAGCAGGCUAAGCCGGGCCCGCCACAACCUCAGUCAGGUCCCUGAAGCCGACUCGGUCAGCUUCCUGCAGGAGCUCCUGGCACUCAGGCUGGCCCUGGAGGAGGGGUGCGGCCCUGGGCCCGGUCCUCCAAAGGAGCUCAGCUUCACCAAGUCAUCCCAAGCUGUGCGGGCGGUGAGAGACGUGCUGACUGUGGCCUGCACCAGCCAGUGGGAGCAGCUGCGGGGGCUGGGCAGUGACGAGGAUGGGCUGCAGAAGCUGGGCACGGAAGAUGCCGAGUCGCAGGACCCUGACAGCACAAACCACCUGGAGAGUGAGGCUCCCCGGGAUUACUUCCUCAAGUUUGCCUACAUUGUGGACCUGGACAGCGACACAGCAGACAAGUUCCUGCAGCUGUUUGGGACCAAAGGUGUAAAGAGGGUCUUGUGUCCUAUCAACUACCCUGAGUCGCCCACCCGCUUCACCCACUGUGAGCAGGUGCUGGGCGAGGGCGCCCUGGACCGGGGUACCUACUACUGGGAAGUGGAGAUCAUCGAGGGUUGGGUCAGCGUGGGGGUCAUGGCCGAAGACUUCUCCCCACAAGAGCCCUAUGACCGGGGCCGGCUCGGCCGCAAUGCCCACUCCUGCUGCCUGCAGUGGAAUGGACGCAGCUUCUCCAUCUGGUUCCAUGGGCUGGAGGCGCCCCUGCCCCACCCCUUCUCGCCCACGGUCGGGAUCUGCCUGGAAUACGCUGACCGAGCCCUGGCCUUCUAUGCCGUACGGGAUGGCAAGAUGAGCCUUCUUCGGAGGCUGAAGGCUUCCCGGGCCCGCCGGAGUGGCACCCCGGCAUCCCCCAUUGACCCCUUCCAGAGCCGCCUGGACAGCCACUUUGCAGGGCUCUUCACACGCAGGCUGAAGCCUGCCUUCUUCCUGGAAAGUGUGGACGCUCAUCUGCAGAUUGGGCCCCUCAAGAAGUCCUGCAUCUCCGUGCUGAAGAGGAGGUGAUGCAGGAGGGCAUGGGGCCCCUGCAGCUGUCUCAGCUCCUGGGAAGAUUGCUUCUCUACACCCCUGUCUUGCCCCGGGGAAGGCACCAGCCCUGGAGUCUCACACAUCCCCCAGCCUUCUCGUUUCUAGAAGCCUCCACCUUCCAUACACUUGGCCUUCCACCUCUCAGGGAGGAGGCGCCCCAGACCCCUUCAAGUGCCCCUCCGACCCUGUCCCCCUGGAGGCCUUGUUUGAGGGAGAGAGAGCCACAGCUGGGAGGGAGCCAGGCUGCCCCAAUCCCUCCUUUUCCAGGUUCCUGGGACAGUACGUGGCACGUAAUCGGUGCUCAAUAAACAUUUGUCGAACGAA